CAGCGCCGCGGCCGCCCCCGGCGCCGGUGAGGGGGGUCCUUCGGGAGGCCGGAAGCGGCGGCGCGGCGCAGGCGCACUCCUUUCCGCUGCUGGGCCCGCCGCCGCCGACACGAUGUUGAUGCCAAAGAAGAACCGAAUCGCCAUCUACGAGCUCCUUUUCAAGGAGGGAGUGAUGGUGGCCAAGAAAGACGUCCACAUGCCGAAGCACCCCGAGCUCGUCGACAAGAACGUGCCCAACCUCCACGUCAUGAAAGCAUGCAGGUAUGGGGAAUUCUCUCUCUAGUCUCUGAAAUCCCGUGGUUAUGUGAAAGAGCAGUUUGCGUGGAGGCAUUUCUACUGGUAUCUGACCAACGAGGGCAUCCAGUACCUGCGCGAUUACCUUCACCUCCCCCCUGAGAUCGUCCCUGCGACCUUGCGCCGGAGCCGCCCGGAGACUGGGAGACCGCGGCCCAAAGGUCUGGAAGGUGAACGCCCCGCGCGUCUCACUCGGGGAGAAGCUGACAGGGACACAUACAGACGCAGUGCUGUUCCACCUGGUGCUGACAAGAAAGCUGAGGCUGGUGCUGGAGCAGCCACUGAAUUCCAGUUUAGAGGUGGAUUUGGUCGUGGACGUGGUCAGCCUCCUCAGUAGAACUUCCUGCUCAUGUUUUGUGUAUAAUAAAAUAGGUGAAAAUUCCA